AUGUUUGUUGUAACGUCUGCUAGAAUGGCAGCGAUGAAAUUAAUUUGGUCUUUGUUAAUUAAUUUAUUAGUGUGUGUCGUUUUAACUGUGGCAGGGAGAGAUUUUUAUGCCAUAUUAGGUGUACCUUCAACAGCAAGUCAACAUGCAAUAAAAAAAGCAUAUAGAAAGUUGGCAAAAGAAUUACAUCCUGAUAAAAAUAAAGAUGAUCCAAAUGCCUCACAGAAAUUUCAAGAUCUGAGUGCAGCUUACGAAGUUCUGUCAGAUAAUGAAAAGAGAGAAAUGUAUGAUAGAUGUGGGGAAGAAUGUCUGAAAAAGGAUGGUAUGAUGUAUAAUACUGAUCCUUUUGCAAGUUUUUUUGGUGACUUUGGUUUUCAUUUUGCUGGUGAGUCUCAUCAACAACAGGAAGCACCUAAGGGCUCCAAUAUUGUGAUGGACUUAAGAGUCACUUUAGAAGAAUUGUACAGCGGAAAUUUCAUAGAGAUAACAAGGAACAAGCCAGUUGCGAAAGCAGCAAAAGGAACAAGGAAGUGUAAUUGUAGGCAAGAAUUAGUUACUCGAAAUUUUGGGAAUGGAAGAUUUCAAAUGAUGCAACAAUCAGUGUGUUCAGAAUGUCCAAAUGUUAAAUUUGUUACUGAAGAACGUGUACUAGAGGUUGAAGUGGAACCUGGUAUGGUAGAUGGACAAGAAACAAAAUUCACAGCAGAAGGUGAACCACAUUUGGAUGGGGAACCUGGAGAUUUAAUUUUAAAAAUAAAAACACAACCACAUCCAGUUUUUGAAAGAAUUGGUGAUGAUUUAUACACAAAUGUUACUAUAUCCUUGCAAGAUGCUUUAAUAGGGUUUAAGAUGGAUAUAGAACACUUAGAUGGUCACAAAGUGACUAUUCAGAGAGACAAGGUAACCAAAUUAGGAGCCCGCAUUCGGAAAAAAGGAGAAGGGAUGCCUAAUUACGAUAAUAAUAAUCUUUAUGGUACUUUAUACAUUACAUUUGAUGUUGCAUUCCCUGAGACAGAAUUCACAGACACACAAAAAGAAGAAAUAAAAAAUCUACUCCAGCAGGAUUCUGUAAAUCGAAUUUACAAUGGAAUAAGGGGAAACUAA